AUGUCGAAGGCAUUUGAUUUUCAAUGGCAGAUAACAGUCCCUAAGAUUUUGAGAGAUGGAAUCGUGGCGCAUCGAUAUAUCGAGGAGGCAGGUGUGUGUGACUACGACUGCAUUGUUAAGGUCGAUGAUUAUGGCUUUUUCAUUUACUGGAAAAGUGAUGGAAAGGACGGCCAGCUGAUCGACUGCUCUGAAGUCAGUGAGGUUCUUCUCGGCUCGCUGCCAAAAGACAUGAGGCUUUUGACGGAGAUAGAGUCGAGGUGUCAGUCACAGAUUGACAGGAAAAUAUUCACGGUUUGUUCCGGUCUGGAUCUCAUUAACGUUACUUACAACAAUUUCGUGGCUGAAUCAGAGGAGGAAGCCAAGACAUGGGUCGAUGCCUUGAUGUCGGUCAUUCACAAUUACAAAGCCAACCACAUCUGCCCGAUGACUUGCCUCAAAAAACAUUGGAUGAGGUUGUCGUUUCUCGUCAGUCCCAGCGGUAAUAUUCCCGUAAGAAGUUUGAUGAAGACUUUCGCCUCUGGCAAAAAUGAAAAAAUUGUGAUGCAGACCCUUAAAGAUUUGGGACUAGCUAGUGGAAAGACGGACGAAAUAGAGAGAGAAGAUUUCACUUUUGAGAAAUUUUGUGACCUCUACCACAAGAUAUGCCCCAGAUCUGAUAUCGAGAAACUGUUUUCAGAGAUGUUAUUCGGUAAAGGAAAACCGUUUUGGACUUGGCAGCAAUUUGUCAAUUUUCUAAACGAGAGACAAAGAGAUGACAGACUGAAUGAAAUACUAUAUCCAUUUUUCGACCGGAAAAGGGUCAAGCAGCUCAUCGACACGUACGAGGUCAUUGAGGAGUUCAAGAGCGCCGAACAAUUAUCCUUAUCCGGAUUGUGCCGCUAUCUAAUGUCGGAUGAUAAUCCGCCGGUCUUCCUGGAUAGAUUGGAUAUCUAUCAUGAUAUGGAUCAACCGCUGGCACACUACUACAUCAACUCGUCGCAUAAUACCUACCUUAUUGGCAGGCAGUUUGGUGGGAAAAGCUCUGUUGAGAUGUACAGACAGGUGCUGCUGGCUGGUUGCAGAUGCAUAGAAUUGGAUUGUUGGGACGGGAAGGGUGAGGAGCAGGAACCGAUCAUAACUCACGGGAAGGCCAUGUGUACUGACAUCCUGUUCAUUGACGUCAUCAAAGCCAUAAAAGAUACGGCCUUCGUCACCAGCGAGUACCCCAUCAUAUUAUCAUUUGAAAACCACUGCAGCAAGCCGCAGCAGUACAAGCUGGCUAAAUAUUGUGAGGACAUCUUUGGAGAUCUCCUACUGAAGAAGCCGAUCGACAGCCACCCUCUAGAGCCAGGAGUGCCACUGCCAUCUCCGAACUCUUUAAAGAGGAAAAUUUUAAUUAAGAACAAACGCCUAAAACCAGAUGUUGAAAAAGUCCAAUUAGAGAUGUUCUACCAAGGUCAGGAUAAGGCCAUUUUGGAUUUCAACGAAUCAGAAGAGCCCGUUGAAAAUGCAGGUCACCCUCCAAUCGUUGACGAUGGCUCGAAAGAACUGACGCCUGAUGAAGAGACCGCCCUCAUGGUGAACUACCAAUACACUGGCGCCACCACAAACAUUCACCCCCUCCUAUCGUCAUUUAUUAAUUAUGCACAGCCAAUCAAAUUUCAAGGAUUCAAUGCCGCCGAAGAGAAAAAUAUUCAUUACCAAAUGUCGUCCUUCAACGAAUCUGCAGCCAUCGGAUGUCUGAAGCAAGCCGCCAUUGAGUUUGUUAACUACAACAAACGUCAGAUGAGCAGAAUUUAUCCGAAAGGUGGCAGGGUUGAUUCAAGCAAUUAUAUGCCUCAGAUUUUUUGGAACGCUGGUUCACAAAUGGUGGCCUUGAACUUCCAAACCUCUGACCUCUCCAUGCAAAUUAACCAGGGAAAGUUUGAAUAUAAUGGAAACUGCGGAUAUUUGUUGAAACCAGACUUCAUGAGACGCAAGGAUCGAACGUUCGAUCCAUUCUCGGAGAGUCCAGUUGAUGGAGUGAUUGCCGCCCACUGUUCGGUUGAGGUAAUUUCCGGUCAGUUCCUGUCGGACAAGCGCGUGGGGACGUACGUGGAAGUGGACAUGUACGGACUGCCCUCUGACACCAUCCGCAAAGAGUUUAGAACCAGAAUCGUCCCCAACAACGGGCUUAAUCCGGUUUUCAAUGAGGAACCUUUUGUUUUCAGAAAGGUCAUACUGCCAGAUCUGGCCAUUCUUAGGAUAGGGGUGUACGAAGAGACUGGGAAGCUGAUUGGCCAGAGAAUUCUACCCCUAGAUGGCCUGCAAUCUGGCUACAGGCAUAUUUUAUUACGGACAGAGAGUAACUUUCCGCUAAGUCUGCCCAUGAUAUUUUGCAGGAUUGUGUUGAAGACCUACGUGCCAGAGGGCUUUGGGGACCUGGUAGACGCCCUGUCGUCCCCGAUUCAAUUUCUGACGCAAGCCGAGAAGCGAUCGAAGCAGCUUCAGCAGCUCGGCAUCGAGGAGGCUGACAUCAAUGACAACAGCAACAACGUCAACAACAACAACAACAUUAACAGCAACAACAACAAUAAUAAUAAUAAUGCUGCAGCAACAAAGAGACAAGAGAAUAAUGUCUCAUGCAACAUACCACAGUCCGCGACGAUGAAUUCGCUCAUGAAGAUUGAUGAUGUAACACUGGAAGACGUAUACACCUCGAGAGAUUUUAUAAAAAUUAAAAAAAAAUUAGACAAAGAGAUGGCGAAGCUGCAGAAGAAACACGUCAAGGAGAAAAUAAAAUUCUACCAGAAGCAGUUUAAAGAGUGCGAGAAACUGCUGGCCGGCUGCGAAAAAGAAGCCAGUAAAGUCGGGAAGAACAGUAAGAAAUGGUUAGUUGGACGUGUGUGUGUGUGUGUGUGUGUUGAAAUCGAAAUAACCAACGCUGCAGAUCGACUGAGCAGUUCUCAUCAGAGCAAAUUACAAGAAUUGAUAGCAGAGCAGACGAUAGCAUACACGGAACUGAUAAGGAAUCAGACGAAUACAGAAUUUGAACUGCAGGCCUCUCAGGCGAAAAUAAAAUUAGACCAUGUGACGUCAUUCUUACGAGAAAGACAGGAACUGCAGAUGAAAGCUUUGCUUACAAAAAAUGAUAAAGAGAACAAAGAACUGAAAACGAAGCAAGCCAAACAUUCUAUGGACUGCUCAAAGAACAUACAAGCCGACAAGAACAUAAAGAACAAAGCCGAAAGAGACAGGCAGAAUAUUAGCUUUCAUAUUAUUUAUAACAACUAUUAUUACUUACACACGCACACACACACACGCACGCACGCACACGCACGCACGCACACACAGACGUAUCAGGGAAAUGAACGAGAAUAA